AUGGAUCAAAAUAUUUUGGUGGAUUUACAGAGGUUUGCGAGAGGUUAUCUACUUCGGAAACGUUUUCAGGAUUCUGUUAGAAAUGAAUUGAUUUGUAUUCACAACAAAAUUAGUAACAACAAUUUGCCCGACAAUAUAAAAUUACUCAAAAUUGGUUGUAUAUUAAACAACAAAAAUUAUUUUUGUGUUGAUUCUAACGAAAUUUAUUUAUUAUGCGAUAUUUUAUUUUCUUCAAUGAAGUCUUCUUCAAUUCAAAAAUCGUUUGCUUCUUUAUAUCUUUCAAGUAAACAUAUGGAUUCUGCAUGUAAAGCAACUUUUAGACUUUUUCAAAAAUUAAUUGAUGAGUUUGGAAAAUGCGAGGUCUCAAAGAUUUCCGAUUCUCGCAGAAUAGCUUCUCAAGCACCUCUAAUUUAUAUUUUUUGUAAUUGUUCAGAAGAAACUUGGCCAAUUUUAAAAGGAAAAGAAUCAAUUAUUCCAAUAAUAAAUUCUCUCUGUGCAAAACUACUUUACCCUUUAGCAACAAUAAAUUCUUUAAAUGUUUUUAAGAAAAUUAUUUUUGAUGCCCUAAAAGGAGAUAGAAUGUUGCUUGAUGAAAAAACAAUUGACCAAUUAUUUUUUAUCUCUAUCAGGUUUUUUGAACAUUUAAUUACGGGGGGUUUGAAUCAUCCUUAA